AUGCUCCCUAUUAAGGACCAGCCCAGAGGAACUGGUGAUCGAGCAUCUUCAGGUCCCACUUCUACAAAUGCACAGUUCAAGGUCGACGCAACAACAGCUGAACUGCACUUCGACAACACAGCACUGGUCACCAUGAACUGUCGACCCACGGAGCAACCUCUCGAGCAGAAAACCGACUGCUUGAAAGUCCACCCAAACAGUGACAACACAAAGACAUUUGCACGUGCCGCAUGUUCCGAGACAUUCCACCACCAGUCAACCCUGCGAGAGCAUGCAAAUCAUCACACAGGCGAAGGGUUGCAGAAGUGCAGGGCGUGUGCACUUGCAGGCGUGUCUAGCUCACGCAACGGCAAUCUCAGCACUGCAGAGUUCAGCCUGAGCAGGAGACUGCGGUGUCACAGGCAAAUACGCACCCUCAAGGAACCAUAUAAAUGCGAUAUCUGUCCUGCACAUUUCAGCGAUAGUGCAAAGCUGCGGAAUCACGCGCGAAUACAUACAGGCGAGAAGCCGUACGAGUGCAACCUCUGUCCUGCAGAGUUCAGCCAGAGUGGACACUUGUCGCGUCACAAGCGAACGCACACGGGCGAGAAGCCAUACAAGUGCGAUCUCUGCCCUGCAGCGUUCAGAGAGAGCACCAAGCUGCGGAAUCACAAGAGAACACACACGGGUGAGGAGCCGUACAAGUGCGAUCUCUGUCCUGCAGCAUUCACCGAUAGCACGAAACUGCGGAAUCACAGGCGAACACACACUGGCGAGAAGCCCUACAAGUGCGAUCUCUGCCCUGCAGCGUUCAGAGAGAGCACCAAGCUGCGGAAUCACCAGAGAACACACACGGGUGAGGAGCCGUACAAGUGCGAUCUCUGUCCUGCAGCAUUCACCGAUAGCACGAAACUGCGGAAUCACAGGCGAAUACACACGGGCGAGAAGCCAUACAAGUGUGAUCUCUGCCCUGCAGUGUUCGGAGAGAGCACAAAACUGCGGAAUCACAAGCAGAGACACACGGCCGAGAAACCCUACAGAUGUGAUCUCUGUCCUGCAGAGUUCAGACAUAGCACAGGCCUGUCAUGUCACAAGCUGACACACACGGGCGAAAACCCAUAAAAGUGCGAUACCUGUCCUGCAGAGUUCGGCGACACCUAAAAGCUGUGAAAUCACGAGCGAACACACACAGGCGAGAGGCCCUACGAGUGCAAUCUCUGCCAUGCAGAGUUCAGACAUAGCACAAGCCUGUCAAAUCACA